AUGAUCGCAGCUGAUAUAAAUAUUUUGCAAUCAAAGUUUACCACCCUCUUCAAAACCUCUAGAAAUCGAGUGCAUUUAGCAUUUUUGCAACAGUUUAGCAAUGCCGUUAAUUCAUUCCAACAUGAAUGCCAGUCAGUAUUAAAAGAAUUCGAAUUGAGAACAAUAAACUUCUUGGUGGUCAGAAAUGUGCACAAAUGUUCAUGUAAUACGAAAAUUGGUUUAUGGAUUGAAGAAAUAAAUGAUUUUAUCUAUAAAUUUGAAGACUUAAAAAGGUCUCUUGCUAUUCUACAAAGUAUUUUUGAAUCGUCAUGCAGGCUUGUAUAUCAUGUGUACCAUGAUAAUCAUUUUUCAUUUGAAUACGCUCAAGAUGAAAAACUGACGUAUCUAUUAGACAGAUUGAAAAGCCUGACAGGAUGGUUAAAUCUGGCAGCUACGGGGAAUGAUAAUUCUAAGCCGACUGGAGUCAAUGCACACGAUGUUAAAUAUCGUUUUAAGUAUUCGACUUUGAUAGAAGCCUUAGAUUUACAUCGUGAUUGUUACCAGUCUUCCUACUGUCCAAUACCAAUUAAUGAAAAGUGUCCGUCGAUACAGAAUUUACAAUGUGUUCAUUACACUGAUAGAAAUGUGCACAAAUGUUCAUGUAAUACGAAAAUUGGUUUAUGGAUUGAAGAAAUAAAUGAUUUUAUCUAUAAAUUUGAAGACUUAAAAAGGUCUCUUGCUAUUCUACAAAGUAUUUUUGAAUCGUCAUGCAGGCUUGUAUAUCAUGUGUACCAUGAUAAUCAUUUUUCAUUUGAAUACGCUCAAGAUGAAAAACUGACGUAUCUAUUAGACAGAUUGAAAAGCCUGACAGGAUGGUUAAAUCUGGCAGCUACGGGGAAUGAUAAUUCUAAGCCGACUGGAGUCAAUGCACACGAUGUUAAAUAUCGUUUUAAGUAUUCGACUUUGAUAGAAGCCUUAGAUUUACAUCGUGAUUGUUACCAGUCCUCCUACUGUCCAAUACCAAUUAAUGAAAAGUGUCUGUCGAUACAGAAUUUACAAUGUGUUCAUUACACUGAUAGGCGAUGCAAUCGAAUAAUUUACAAUCUAUUACAACAGUUAUUAUCCUAUCCAACUGCAUUGAGCGUUUUCAAUUCAAACAAGGAGUGUCUCAGUGAAAUGUACAAUAAUCUAAGCAUUAUGAUAAAAUAUGCAAAUGACAAGAGUAUUAUCGCGUAUAAAUUUCAUGCGACAUAA